AGUGCCGCUUGGGUGCUUGGCCAUGGACUAGCCAGUAUUGAGUGACAAGAAGAGGUUUAGCAUGGCGCUGCGUGCCGCGCAUGCCGUGCUGCAAACGGUUCCGCCUCCGAAGCUAGGCAGCUUCGACGCGGUCGUUUUAGGGUCUGGAGUAUCAACAGCUGUCCCGCAGCUUGCACACAUUCUGCAGGGCCAGUGCGAAAGUGCGACAGCAAUUCGGAAAUCUGAUGGAAUGACAGUUUGUGAGGAAGCUUAUCAGAAUCCAACUUCCAAGAAUCGACGUUUGAACGUGUCGCUGCUGGUGCGAUACAGCCCUCCUGAUGGGAGUCGGGUUCGCCAUGUGAUGGUGGAUGCAGGGAAGACUCUUCGCCAGGCAGCCUUGCAAACACUGCCAAAGUUCGGAGUCAGCAACAUUGAUGCUCUUUUAGUGACGCAUGGCCAUGCUGAUGCCAUGCUUGGCAUGGAUGACUUGCGGGACUUGCAGGUCAUCGAAAAGGUCCAUUCCGAUGGACAACACAUCGGGUAUCGCCUGGCAGGAGGGGCUGGUCCAAUGCAAAUCAUCUCGAACAAGGUCACUCUUGACAGAGUUCGAGAAGCUUUUCCCUACCUCUACGCGCAAGCAGACUUUGUGGAGCCGGGCGUUCUUCGACGCCGAAUUGCAUACAUUGAGUUUGCGGAGGUCUCUGACGAUGAGACUAUGGAACUUGUGGAUGGUCUGCCGCUUCGUGUAUUUCCUGUGUGGCAUGGAGGUACCUACGUCUCUUUGGGCUUUGCAUUUGGGGGUCGGCUGAAAGGUGGCUACCCUCUAGUGUACAUUUCGGACAUCUCGGCCGUGCCGCCGGAGACUAUGACUUUCUUGGAAGAAGCUGCUGCCGCGGGCAUUGAUCUCUUCAUGGUGGAUGCGCUGUCUCGAAAUGGCCAUCCUACGCACAUGUCUUUGGACGAAGCGAUUGGCUUAGUCCGCAAACUUCGACCUUCAAGGGCCCUGCUUGUUGGCAUGGAUUCCUGUGCAAUUGGAGAUCAUGACGAGGUCAACGAGGAGUUACGCACGUUGCGAAGUGAAGGUUUGGAUGUGCAGCUUGCCUUUGACGGCCAGCAACUGCCGGAGUUUCCUGCUAGGGAAGAUUUAGCUGCUGAUGCUGAACUCCCGGAUGCGAAACGCGUCCGCCUUGAGAAAUCGCUUUUGUAACAAAAAAA